GGCAGGUAUCAACAUGGAGGAGGCAGGAGUGGCACAGCACGCUUAUUUUACGCAUUUUUAACCUGUUUCUGACCUUCCACGCCACGGAAACCUGACUCAGGAGGAAGAUAAAUCACCAUUCCAUCCACGCAGUGCCUUAGGAGCGCUGGAAUAUGCGCCAGAGUGGAUAUAUAAGGUGACGCCCCCACACUCAGCCUCUCGCUCACACCCGCGCCCGGCCUCACCAUGUUCAAGAAGAAGAGCAAGAAGGUGCAGAUCUCCGCGCCCAGCAACUUUGAGCAUCGCGUCCACACUGGCUUUGACCACCAUGAGCAGAAGUAUGUCGGGCUGCCCCCCCAGUGGCAGGGCAUUGUGUCCAAUGCCCUGGACAAGGGGCGCCCCAUGCCCCUGGUGGACCCCUCGGAGAUCACCCCUGUGGACAUGCUGGAUAUGAAGGUGCCCAACGAGGGGUCAAGGUCGCAGGACGCAGGGAACCGCCUCAGCAGGGGAUUCGCGACACUCAAUUUGGCGAACCCCGGGAGGCAUUCACAGGGCAACUCACGCGACCGCAGCGGUUCCCACAACAACACCCUGAACAACAACAACAACAACAACAGCAGCGGCGGAGGUGGCGGCCCCCCCUCGCAGCUCCCCAAGACCUCCAGCGUCGCACGGUCCAACUCCCUCCGGUCCUCCAGUCCCCCCCGCCCCCGCCGCACCGACCCCUGGCCCCCCCACCACCUCCCCCCCACACUACACGAGGGGGAGGUGCUGGAUGUACCCCCCACGCACCCCUGGCCGCACCCCUCACAGUACCAGGCUUACGCACCACACCACCAGCCUCAACACCACCCUCAACACCACCAGCAACUCCACGCGCAGCCCCCCAAAGGCUCCCCCGGCUACCCCCCACACCUCCGGCACCCCCCUCCACAUGGGUAUGGCGCCCCCCACCCGGUUAAUGGAGAGGAGAGGUGGGAUGGGCGCCCCCCCCACCCACACCAGGAUUUGAGACGGGAGGGGUGGGGUGCGGGGGGCGGCCUCAGAACCCCGUCCGGCCCCUCCUCGGCAGGGUCCGCGGGGAGUAGUGGACAGCAUGGCCCUACCCCCCCGCCCCCCCACCACAACGGGCACCCCCAACACCACCCGCAGGGUGGCCGCCCCCCCGCGCAGCUCCCCGCAGACCCCUCCAACGGCCCCCCCCACCACAACGGGCCGCACUACCCCCCCCAGCACCCCCUCCACCCUCACCAGCGGAAGCCCCAGCCCCUCCCCCCCGGCCACCACCCCCCGCCCCCCCACCACACCUCCCACCCCCAGCUGCACCCCCUCCAGCAGCUCUCCCCCCAGGACCACCAUCCCCAGCAGCUCCCCCUGCCCCCCCCUCCUUCCCAUGGGGUGCAGCGGAUGGCCUCCCCCCCUCACCACCUCUCCCCCCACACCCAGCUGUAUUCUAAGAUACCUAACCUUACCUUCUUCCUCCUCCUCCUCCUCCUCUUCCUUCCCUCUUACCUAACCUUACCUUACCUUCCUCCUCCUCCUCCUCUUCCUCCUCCUCAGCAGCCCCUAGUCCCUCCCCCAGACCAGCCCUCCCCCUCUGGCCGCCUGCCCCCCCCUCCGUCCUUCACCACCGCCAACACCACCGCUGGGCCGCCACCACCCACCUCCCCCACCACCCUUCAUCACCACCACCCCCACCACCCCCAGCAGCAACCACCACAACAACACCAGUACCACCAGCAACAACAACAACAACAGCAGUAUCAACAACAACAACAACAAUAUCAACAAGACUUCAAUGGUAAUCGAUUUUCCAUGAGAGAGCGGAAGCCAAGUGGAGGAGGUGGAGGAGAUGGAGGUGGAGGGAGGGAAAGUGGAGGUGGUAUGAGUGGACCACUUCCACCACCACCGCACCAACACCACCACCACCACCAAAGCAACACCACCCCCACCACCACCACCUCCACAUCAUCCGCCUCACCCACAUCACCACCACCUCCACCCUCCUCCACCUCCACGGCCCCACCUCCGAACACCUCCCCCAACACCACCACUAACAACUCCAUCAACACCACGAACAACAACAACAACACCAGUUUGCCGAGUAAGUCAUCACCAGGGGGGGGGUAUGGAGGUGCACCCCCUCUCCCCCCCACCUCCGGUCAACACCACAACACCAGCAAGCAACAUGACCAGCAGAGGCUCUCCCAUGAACAGUUCCGCGCCACACUGCAGAUGGUGGUUAACCCCGGAGACCCGCGUUACAACCUGGACAACUUCAUUAAGAUCGGCGAGGGGUCCACCGGGAUUGUCUGCAUAGCCAGCGACCGCGAGACUGGCAGCCAGGUUGCCGUCAAGAAGAUGGACCUCCGUAAGCAGCAGCGGCGGGAGCUUCUGUUCAAUGAGGUAGUAAUUAUGCGAGACUACCACCACCCCAACAUUGUGGAGAUGUACAACUCCUUCCUGGUGGAGGACGAACUCUGGGUGGUCAUGGAGUUCCUGGAGGGCGGCGCGCUGACCGACAUCGUGACUCAUGCCAGGAUGGACGAGGAGCAGAUCGCCACGGUGUGCCGCCAGUGCCUCAAGGCCCUGGCGUACCUCCACUCCCAGGGCGUCAUUCAUCGGGACAUCAAGAGUGACUCAAUCCUCCUGGCUAGCGACGGAAGGGUCAAGCUCUCGGACUUCGGUUUCUGUGCCCAGGUGUCUCAGGAGCUGCCCAAACGCAAGUCCCUGGUGGGCACACCUUACUGGAUGGCGCCGGAGGUCAUCUCACGGCUCCCCUACGGCCCCGAGGUGGAUAUCUGGUCGCUGGGCAUCAUGGUCAUCGAGAUGGUGGACGGGGAGCCGCCAUUCUUCAAUGAGCCGCCGCUGCAGGCCAUGAGGCGCAUCAGGGAUAUGCCGCCGCCCAAGCUGAAGAACUCACAGAAGAUAUCCCCUCGGCUCCAAGGGUUCCUCGAGAAGAUGCUUGUGAGGGACCCCGGGCAGAGGGCCACUGCGUUCGAGCUCCUCCAGCACCCCUUCCUCCGACAGGCCGGCCCCCCCUCCCUCCUGGUGCCACUCAUGCGCUCCUUCCGGCACUCCCCCUGCUAGUAUGGACCACGGCACUCGCUCGUUUCGUUCUCUGCUAUGGGGUUCGAUUUUUUUAUUUUUUUAUUUAUUUAUUUUUUUUUUUUUAUGAGAAUUUCGAGUGAGUGGAUUCUG